ACGUCUAUUGAGCUGUAGCGAUUAGCUUCCUUGUGACUUUAAGUAUUCAAACUCCACCCUCUGGGAUGUGCUUGUCUCAGCCUGUUGCGUAAGCUUCCCUUAAAUGCCGAGUGUUUUCACGUUGUCCCAUCUUUUACUGCAUUCAAAGUGGAAAACCUUCGGGAAGAGGGGACGUUGGAUUGUUCCAAUCUACCGGAAACCAGGAGCACGUGGGACAAAAGUGUUGUCCACCUUCUUAUUGUCCAGCCUCUUCAAACGGACUCCAUGUGGGUGUACCUCCUCGCUGCUGCUGCUGCUGCUGCUGCUCUGCUCACCGUUUGGUGGCUCCACCGAGACCGUCAGGAAGUCGGGCAGGUCAAAGACAAGUUUGUCUUCAUCACCGGCUGUGACACGGGCUUCGGCAACCUCCUGGCAAAGCGCCUGGAGAGGCGAGGGUUCCGCGUCCUCGCUGGCUGCCUGACCCAAAAAGGAGUGGACGGCCUCCAGAGCAGCAACGCGUCCAUGCUGAAAGCCAUCCUCCUGGAUGUGACUGACUGUAGCAGCAUACAGAAGGCAGCGGACUGGGUUCAGGCAGAGGUGGGAGAGAAAGGCCUAUGGGGGUUGGUCAACAACGCCGGGAGAGCCAUUCCCAUUGGUCCAACAGAAUGGAUGAAGAUGGAGGAUUAUUUAAAAGUGCUGAAUGUGAAUUUGUUUGGAUUGAUGGAAGUGACGCUGACCUUCCUCCCACUGGUGAAGAAGGCCAGGGGCCGGAUCGUGAACGUAGCUAGUAUUCUGGGCAGGAUAUCGCUUGCUGGGGGUGGGUACUGCCUCUCCAAAUGUGGUGUGGAGUCUUUCUCCGACAGUCUGAGGCGGGACAUGCAUCAUUUUGGCAUCCAGGUUUGCAUCAUCGAGCCUGGCUUCUUUAAGACAGCUGUGACGAACCUGGCAGGCAUCGAGAAUGACCUGCAGCGUCUCUGGGACAGACUUUCUCCUGAGGUCCGAGAGAGUUACGGACAGAAUUACUUGGCAAAGUAUAUGAAGGCCCAGCAGUUCUCCAUGAAUAUGUUAUGUGAUGGUGACCUAUCCAAAGUCACAACCUGUAUGGAGCAUGCUCUAGUGGCCAGACACCCUCGCUCACGCUACGCUGCUGGAUGGGACGCCAAGCUCUUCUGGAUACCCCUCUCCUACAUGCCGACCCGUCUCAGCGACUUCCUGCUCACCCUUCUGCUGCCAAAGCCUUUGCAAAGUGUCCAAUGAAGAGCAGGGUAGGCUGGUCGCCAUUGCAGUUCACCCCCCCCUCCCCCAUCAGGGACUGGGUUUCUGGGGCAACCGCUUGGCUGGGACGACAUGUCAA